ACAAGACACAGUUGCUGCUGUUGCUGUUAGCAAUGCUCGCAUUGCUGGCCACAGCCAUGUCGACAAACAGCAACAACAGCAACAUUCAAUGUAACUGCAAAUGCAAACGAUGAAACCAAAGAUAAUCGCAGCACAGCCAAGCAAUUGCAAUUUGACGGAAUUAGUGCCAAUAAUAUGUCGUCUAGCACGCCCACUGCCACGCCCACAGGCCUGCGUGACAACGUCAUGCUGCCCUCUUCAGAUCCCGAACGUGAGGCUCAAAUACUCUACGAGAAAUCAUUGCAGGAAUACCACGGCAGUCAGCUCCUCACCACGGCAACAACUGACGACGACGACGCUGGCAGCGACGCCGACGUUAGCAGCGGCAGCGGCAGCAAGACGCCCACGCGUACGCUCCAUAGCGUCUGUGAGCUCUGGCUGCAGAAGCAUUGCCACUGCAGCGGCAGCCUGGAGAGUCUGAAGCUCAGUUGCCGCAGCAUCGGCAUCCUGGCUGUGCCCGUUAAUUUGCCCAGCGAGACUUUAGUGCUCGACUUGGGCAACAAUAACUUGACCAAACUGGAGGCCAACUCAUUUUUUAUGGUGCCAAAUCUAGAAGAGCUAACUCUGUCCGACAAUAGCAUCAUUAAUAUGGAUCCGUACGCGUUUUAUGGCCUCGCCAAACUGAAGCGUUUAAGUUUGCAAAAUUGUGGCCUCAAGUCGCUGGCAGCGCAUUCCUUUCAAGGACUCACUCAGCUGCUCAGCCUUCAGUUGAACGGCAACGCCCUGGUCACCCUUGGAAAUUGCCUUAGCAACCUGCAAAAGCUGCGCACAUUGCGCCUCGAGGGCAAUCUGUUCUAUCGCAUUCCAACCGACGCUUUGGCCGGACUCAGAACACUCGAAGCACUCAAUUUGGGCAGCAAUUUGUUGACAAUAAUAAACGAUGAGGACUUUCCCCGCAUGCCAAACUUGCUCUUGCUCUUACUGAAGCGAAAUCAAAUCAUGAAAAUCUCUGCGGGCGCUUUCAAGAAUUUAACGGCUUUAAAAGUUUUAGAACUGGAUGAUAAUUUAAUAAGCAGCUUGCCCGAAGGACUCAGCAAAUUGACGCAGCUGCAGGAGCUGUAAGUAUCUAUAACACAGGUGUUCAUUUUGUCGGAUGUGCGCACCUUGCGAAAGUUUCCCGAACUGGAGGCCUGUCAUGCGCUGGAGAUACUUAAACUAGAUCGGGCCGGCAUACAGGAGGUGCCAUUAAAUCUAUGUCGUCAGACACCAAGACUGAAGAGUUUAGAACUUAAAACCAAUUCCCUGAAAAUCAUCCCAAAUUUAAGUAGCUGCAGAGACUUAAGGCUGUUAGAUCUAUAAAAAAAAAAAAAAAAAACGAGUAAUCAAAUUGAAACGCUACAAGGACGUCCUUUUUAUGGCUUGAAGCAGCUGCACGAUCUGCUGCUGUCGUAUAAUCGCAUCAAGGCCUUGCCACAGGAUGCCUUUCAAGGCAUUCCCAAGCUGCAGUUGCUUGAUCUGGAGGGCAAUGAGAUUGCUUUCAUACACAAAGAUGCCUUUGCUGCAUUUACAGCGCUGGAAGAUCUCAACUUGGGCAACAAUAUAUUCCCACAUCUGCCCGAGGCAGGACUCAGAGGCUUACUACACCUCAAAACAUUCAACAAUCCAAAGCUGCGUGAAUUUCCGCCACCAGAUACAUUUCCACGCAUUCAAACUCUGAUCUUAUCGUAUGCUUAUCACUGCUGCGCUUUUCUACCCCUCGUGGCCAUGUCCGCUCAACGGAAGACUUCUCAAGUCCAGGAGACAGUGCUCUUUCCCACUGACGCUGAGUUCGACAUGAAACUGUGGAACAAUGGCAUGACUAAUAUAUGGCCGCAAAUGAAUAAUCUGAGCCAGCAGCUGAGCGCAGCUAUGCAUGAGAUAUGGGAUAAGCCCUCUUAUAUGAACAACUAUAAUCUGAAUGAGGACACGCUGCCGAUGCCGACAGGCAGCCAAUCGCCGAGCAGUUAUAUGGAGGAGUAUUUGGAGGAGCAUGACAUGAACGCGGCGGGCACUGGCUACGGCCUGGGCACGGGCCUGUUCAGCGGCAUUACCGCGGAUGAUCUGCAGCCGGGGUCAGUGCAAUGCCUGCCCAUGCCGGGACCCUUUCUGCCCUGCGCCGAUCUCUUCGACUGGUGGACACUGCGCUGUGGCGUUUGGGUGGUGUUCCUCUUGGCCCUGCUGGGAAAUGGGACUGUGGUGUUUGUGCUGGUUUGCUCCAGAUCCAAAAUGGAUGUGCCCAGAUUCUUGGUUUGCAAUCUGGCGGCAGCAGACUUCUUCAUGGGCAUCUAUCUGGGCAUACUGGCGAUAGUGGAUGCAGCUACGCUAGGCGAGUUUCGCAUGUUUGCCAUACCCUGGCAAAUGUCGCUGCUGUGUCAGCUGGCGGGCUUCCUGGCCGUGCUCAGCUCUGAGCUGUCCGUCUAUACGCUGGCUGUGAUCACCUUGGAGCGCAACUAUGCCAUAACCCAUGCCAUACACCUGAACAAACGCCUGACCUUGAAGCAGGCGGGCUACAUCAUGAGCGUGGGCUGGAUCUUUGCUCUGCUGAUGGCUUUGCUGCCGCUGCUGGGCAUCUCGGACUAUCGCAAGUUUGCCGUCUGCCUGCCCUUCGAGACGACGACAGGUGUAGCCAGCCUGACCUAUGUCAUAAGCCUGAUGUUCAUCAAUGGCUGCGCCUUCCUCACGCUCAUGGGCUGCUAUCUGAAGAUGUACUGGGCCAUACGCGGCAGUCAGGCCUGGAAUACCAACGACUCGCGCAUUGCCAAGCGCAUGGCCUUGCUGGUCUUCACCGACUUUCUGUGCUGGUCGCCCAUCGCCUUCUUCAGCAUCACCGCCAUCUUUGGCCUGCAGCUCAUCUCGCUGGAGCAGGCCAAGAUCUUCACAGUCUUUGUGCUGCCGCUGAACAGCUGCUGCAAUCCGUUUCUCUACGCCAUCAUGACCAAGCAGUUCAAGAAGGACUGCGUGACGCUUUGCAAGCACUUUGAGGAGACGCGUGUCGUGGGCGCACCUGCCACACGCGUUGCACGUGGCAAGCGCGGCGGCGUGGAGCUGCCGGCGCCGCCGCUUCUGCCCGCCACUGCCGUUGCGCAUCCGCCCGGUUGCCGCUGCCUGCGCAUGCUGCCCAGCGAAAUGCCCAACUGGCAUAAGAUGGAGCAGACGCCUACGCUCUGGCAGCGCCUCAAGCGCUUCUGUUGUGGCCGGCGUCGACGCAAGCAGCGACGUCAGCCGCAGCAGCGACGUCAGCGCGCCUACACAGCAGCUGCUGCCAAUCCGUAUCAGUAUCAGUUCGCCGAGCUGCGGCAGCAGCGCAAGCAACGCGCCAGCUCCAUCUCGAGCGAGAACUUCUGCAGUUCACGCAGCUCUAGCUGGCGUCACGGCACCAACUCGGCCACGCCCGCGCCCCAGGGCAACUGCACCAUGCCCUUGAAGUUAAUGGAGCCGGGACAGGCCCACACGCAUGGACGGCGGCGGCACUCUGCUUGGCUAAUCACCCGCAAGACCUCACAGGACUCCAAUUUGAGCAGUUCGCGCAACGAUUCCUCCGCCUCGGCCACAACGGCCAGCACCUCAACAUUCCGACUCUCCCGCUCCAGCGCCGGCAGCAGCACGCCCCUUCCAGCAAUUAUAGCUCACAAUGGUAAAGUGACAACCCAUGAGGCGGCGAACAAGCCGCGUCUGGUGCGCCAGGAGGCCGUGCAGGAGGAGGAAGACUCUUCGCCGCCGCGUCUGGGCGUGCGCUUUCUGCCCACGAUACCCUCCGCCGCCGACAGCUCGGUCAUACUGGAAGAUGGCGAGUCGGCGAAUGCGGGCGGUGCUGCCAGCACUAGCGCCGCUGCCUUUUUGGGCAUGCCACUGCCAGGUGUGGCCAGUGGGUUUCUGGUGCUGCAUGCGCCGCCAGCGCAGGACAAGACACCGCCAGAUCCUAGCGAGAAGCCGCCAUGACCAACUCGCUUCUGGUUGAGUUACUUUCGCAGGCCAGAAGCGGAGACUUUUCUCUAGAUGAGAGAACAGCAAACUGUGUUCAUUUAACUGGAGGAGCAAGCGUAGCAUAUAAGUAAACCCCCCACACUCCCCCCUCUCUAGUGUUACGUAGUCAAGUUGUUGUCAGCUGCAAGUUUAUAGCAAAUGCUUUCAUUUCGAUUCAUAGUAUUAUAUAUUACAUCAGUGUAAUGUAUGUAAUUUAUUCAUAGCUGUUAUGCCUUAGUUAAGACACACAUACACACAAACAUAUUUAGGCUAGUGUAAUAUUUUAGCCAUGUCUAUAUUUCGAUGAACUUUGUGCGUUAGGCAGCUUCAGUUAGUGCAAAUAGUAAUAUUUAUAUGUGUAUGUCUGUAUA